ACGACAACCUAGGAUGACGAAUUAGAAGGGCAGGUGAAGUAAUUAUAGCAAGUGGUGGGGGCAGUUUUCAAUUAUGACUGCGUCCAAAAAUAUGUUUAUGCAACUGGCUAAUCCCACUUGCAUUUUUUUGUGUUUACAACUUCCUUUUUAAUUUUCUUCCCAAUCGAAAUUUUAUUACAACUAGACAAAAAUUUCUAUUUAUACUCACUUUCUCUCUCUACAUAUACUUACACAAAUUUAUAUAUAUAUAUAUGUGUGUUUGUGUGUGGGGGUGUGUAUAUAUCGAUCCAUCUACGGCCUGCAUUUUAUAUCUCGUAUCCCCAUUUUCACAUAUAUUCAUCGUUACCAAUUAAGAAAAAAUUUACAGGAAAAAAAAAAAUGGUUUCUUCUCUUCAGCUACACAGAAUCAAUCCCAUAAACCACGCAGGCUCCGCCUGCGCCGCCGCAACGGCGGCGGCGGGGGUGGGUUCGCACCAGAUCAUCAAACAGGCGAAGACCGCGUGGAUUUGCGCCGUUUCGGGGGAUGACUCGGUGCCGGAGAGCAUGAAACACCACCACACGCACGCGGUGGCGGCGAACCAGUGCUGCUCCGCGGCGGUGCAGGCCAUCGACGCCCCCAUCGGCGCGGUCUGGUCGGUGGUGCGCCGCUUCGACAAGCCGCAGGAGUACAAGCGGUUCCUCAAGAGCUGCGACGUCAUCCUCGGCGACGGCGACGUGGGCACGCUCCGGGAGGUGCGUGUGGUCUCCGGCCUGCCGGCGGCGUGCAGCACGGAGAGGCUCGACAUACUGGACGACGAGGAGCACGUGAUGAGUUUCAGCGUGGUCGGCGGCGACCACCGCCUCCACAACUACCGGUCCGUCACCACACUCCAUUCAGCGCCGCCGCUCGCCGGAGGCGGAGGCUGCCGGACGGUGGUGGUGGAAUCGUACGUGGUGGAUGUGCCGCAGGGGAACACAAGGGAAGAAACGUGCGCAUUUGUCGACACAAUCGUCAAGUGCAAUCUGCAAUCACUCGCACACAUCGCUGAAAAUUUGGCCAAGAAAUAAAUAUGACUGUAAAUCAUCCUCUAACUUUUGAUCGAUGAUAUACUGUUUGGUUGAUUUC